AUGGGCGCCGACAAGGAGCUGUACAAGCUCGAGCUUCUCUCGCUCGUAUCCCGCGUAUCCCAGGAGCUUUUCAACCACACCAAGCUCCAGGACAAAAACCUGGCCGAGUUUGUCAUCGCUCUCCACGAGCAGAGCAAGGGCUAUGACGAGUUUAGCAAGAAGCUGUCCGAGAUCGGUGCCGACUUUCCCGACUCGUUUGUCAAGAACCUCGACCGCCUCAUCGUCACCAUGCACCCCAAGUACAAGCGCAAGGCGGCAAAGGCAAAGGCCAAGGCUGAGGCCGGCAAGCCCAAGACUGCCGACGCCAACGACGCAAAGUCUCUCCAGUCGCGCAAGUUCCCCGGUCUCAGCAUGCCUGACCAAGAGUGGAAGACGGAGGACGACUACCUGAAGGACCGCGAGAGGAAGGAGGGCGCCGAGACGCUGCCCGAUCUCUCCAUGGACGACACCAUGGCGCAGCUCCAGGCCGUCGCGUCACGGAGGGGCCGCGCGGCCGCCGACGACUAUAUGGAGGGCGAGCCGACUGCCAAGCGGGCCCGGCAAGACGACCGGGAUCGCGGCUACGGCGGGCGGGACAGCGGCUAUGGCCGACACGACGACUUCGACGACCGCGGUGGUGGCGGUGGUGGCGGCGGCGGCGGUGGGAUCCGUGAUAAUGGAUGGGCUGCGCGUGGUGGAGCCGGUGCUCCGCCUCCCCCGCGUGACCAGGGUUCGAGCUCGGGAGGAUACGAGCGCCGUGGCCGUCCGGGACUCGACGACAGGCCGAUCCAGUACAAGAUCUACAACGGAACGGUCUCGAGUGUCAAGGACUUUGGCGCGUUCGUCGGUCUCGAUGGUGUUGCAGGGAGGGUAGAGGGUCUCGUUCACAUUUCCGCGCUUGCGAGCUCGCGCGUCCAGUCGGCUUCCGAGGUCGUCAGCCGCAACCAACGCGUCAAAGUCAAGGUGAUGACCGUCGCUGGAAGCAAGUUUGGUCUCAGCAUGAAGGAUGUCGACCAGGACACGGGUGAGGACCUGUCACCGCACAUGCGCAUCAAGACGCAGGAGGAAAUGGAUGAUGAGCAGCGUCGCUUCGCCGCCCGUGUCGGCACUGGCGCCAAUGCCGCACCGCUGCAUCGCGAAGGAGACCCCAUGGCUCCUCCCCCCAUCCAUGUCGACGAGCGCCGUGGCGGCAGUGCCAAGCGCCUUUCAAGUCCAGAGAGGUUUGAGAUCAAGCAGCUCAUCGCCAGUGGUGUCGUCAGUGCCGCAGACUACCCCGACCUCGACGAUGACUUUAACACGACAAUCAACAACCCCGAGAUUGACGAGGAGGUGGACAUUGAGGUCGCAGAGAAGGAGCCUGCCUUUUUGGCUGGCCAGACCAAGAUCACUCUGGACAUUUCCCCCGUGAAGAUUAUCAAGGCCCCAGAUGGCUCGAUGAACCGUGCCGCUCUGGCAGGUGGUACACUCGCCAAGGAGCGUGCCGACAUGCGUCGUAUGGAGGCCAACGAGCGUGCCGACUCGGAGGCACGCAACGUCACUACCCCCUGGCUCGACCCCAUGGCCCAGCCAACCGACCGCCAGUUUGCUUCCGACCUUCGUCUCAACCAGAUGAACCAGAAGCAGAUGCAGACUCCCGAAUGGAAGUCGGCCAAUAAGUCGGUCACUUUCGGUCGCAUUACCUCCAUGAGCAUCCAGGAGCAGCGUCGCUCGCUCCCCAUCUACAAGCUCAGGGACCAGCUCGUCAAGGCUGUGCGCGACAACCAGAUUCUCGUCGUUGUCGGUGACACUGGUUCGGGAAAGACCACACAGAUGGCACAGUACCUCGCCGAGGAGGGUCUCUUGACCAGGGGCAAGCUCGGAUGCACCCAGCCCCGUAAGGUCGCGGCUGUGUCCGUCGCCAAGCGUGUGUCCGAAGAGGUCGGCUGUCGUCUGGGUUCCGAGGUCGGUUACAACGUCCGUUUCGAGGACGUCACCUCCCCCGAGACCAAGAUCAAGUUCAUGACGGACGGUAUGCUGCUGCGUGAGCUGCUCAUCGACCCCGACAUGUCCAAGUACAGUGUUAUCAUGCUUGACGAAGCGCACGAGCGUACUGUCGCCACCGACGUUCUGUUUGGCCUCAUGAAGAAGGCGUGCAAGCGCCGCCCCGACCUCAAGCUCAUCUGUACUUCGGCUACCCUCGAUGCCGAAAAGUUCGCCACCUACUUCUGGGGCUGCCCCAUCUUCACCAUUCCCGGUCGUACCUUCCCCGUCGAGAUCCUGUACACCAAGGACCCCGAGCCCGACUACCUCGAAGCUUCGCUCAUCACCAUCAUGCAGAUCCAUCUCAUGGAGCCCCCAGGAGACAUUCUUCUCUUCCUGACUGGACAAGAAGAAAUCGACACUGCAUGUGAGGUCCUGUUCGAACGAGUCAAGGCCCUGGGAUCCCAAGUGCCCGACCUCAUCAUCCUGCCCGUCUAUGCUGCCCUGCCAUCUGAGAUGCAGUCGAGAAUUUUCGACCCUGCUCCUCCUGGCGCGCGUAAGGUUGUUAUUGCUACCAACAUUGCCGAGACGUCGAUUACUAUCGACGGUAUCUACUAUGUUAUCGACCCAGGAUUCUCAAAGCAGAACGCGUACGACCCCAAGCUCGGUAUGGACUCGCUCAUUGUCACGCCCAUCUCCCAAGCCCAGGCCCGCCAGCGUUCGGGUCGUGCUGGUCGUACCGGUCCCGGCAAGUGCUACCGCCUGUACACUGAGAUUGCCUACCGCAACGAGAUGCUGGCCAACCCUAUCCCCGAAAUCCAGCGUACCAACUUGGCGUCUACCAUUCUGACUCUCAAGGCGAUGGGUGUCAACGACCUGAUCAACUUUGACUUUAUGGACCCCCCACCAGCGGCCACCAUGCUUACCGCGCUUGAGCAGCUGUAUGCGCUCGGCGCGCUCGACGACGAAGGUCUCCUUACCCGCGUGGGACGCAAGAUGGCAGACUUCCCUCUCGACCCGCCACUGUGUAAGAUGCUCAUCAAGUCGGUCGACUAUGGCUGCUCCGAAGAGGCCCUCACCAUCGUGGCUAUGCUCCAGGCCGGUGGUCAGGUCUUCUACCGUCCCAAGGACAAGCAGGCCCAGGCCGACGCCAAAAAGGCAAAGUUCCACCAGCCCGAGGGCGACCUCCUCACUCUCCUCGCCGUGUACAAUGGCUGGAAGGCGAGCAAGUUUAGCAACCCCUGGUGCUUUGAGAACUUUAUCCACACGCGUGCGCUCAAGACGGCCCAGGACGUUAGGAAACAGCUCAUCGGUAUCAUGGAGCGAUACAAGCACGAGCUGUCAUCGUGUGGAACCAACUACAACCGCGUGCGCAUGGCCAUUUGCUCUGGCUUCUUCCGUAAUGCGGCCAAGAAGGACCCCGUCGAGGGCUACAAGACCCUCGUGGAGGGCACGCCCGUCAGCAUCCACCCGUCAUCGGCCCUCUUCCAGCGUCCACCAGAAUGGUGUAUCUACUACGAACUGGUCCUGACAGCAAAGGAGUACAUGCACCAGGUCACGGUCAUUGAGCCCAAGUGGCUGUCCGAGGUGGCGCCGACGUUCUUCAAGGUUGCCGACCAGCACCGCAUCUCCAAGCGCAAGCAGAACGAGACGAUCCAGCCGCUCUUCGACAGGUUUGCCGAGAACAAGGACUCGUGGCGUCUGUCCAAGCAGAAGCGUCCUGUCCGCAACUCGCAAACAUUCUAG